GGUAAACAAGAACAGCGUCUAGCUAGCCGGCCCGCCCCCCUACCUUUGCCCUAGACUAGGCUGCUGCAGUAGUUCCACACAGCGGUUUACGAGCUAGAAAUAGAAUUAAGUUGGAAGAAGCUCCGCCAUAUCUGGCCUUUUUACAGAACCGUACCGUAUCGUCUCAGAAUGUCUUCAAAAUACAGUGCAUUAUCACCAGCGGAAAGGGCGCCAUACAGGCUUCUGAAAGCUAUCCAUGAAGACAACGUCGCUGUGGCAACACAACUGUUGGAGGAUUAUGAUAUUGAUGUGAAUUUCAGAGGCAAGCUCAUGUUUGGAGGCUUUACAUUGCUGAUCCGAGCAGCUUUCAGUUCCCCAGGGAUGUGCAGAGUCCUUCUGGACAAAGGAGCCGACAUCAACUUGACGUAUAGCAAGAAUGGUGCCACUGCGUUGAUCGCCGCUGCUGAACGGAACACUGAAUCCUGCAAGAUUCUCCUUGAAGCGGGUGCAAAUGUCAACCAGGCCGACGACAAUGGUUCAACACCUCUGCAUGCUGCGGCUAUGUCAAACCCAUCAGCCAUCCCAGUGUUAUUGGCCGCAAAAGCUGAUGUGUCUGCAGUGGAGUCAGGGGACACAGAAGGCAGACAGCCCCUGCACUAUGCAGCUCAGAAGAGCCCAGAGGCCUGUAAACUCCUGCUGGAUGCUGGGGCCGAUGUCAACGCACAGAUCAAUUCAACCGGGGAAUCUCCUCUGCAUGAAGUCACGUUCCCCGGAGUGGAUGUCAGCUAUUGCCAAGCUUUGCUCAAAGCUGGAGCUGACGUGGAAGCCAUAGAUCAUACUGGCAGCACGGCAUUACACUAUGCAGCCAGGUCAAAUGCACCAGUCUGCAAAGCACUACUGGAUGCUGGGGCCAAGUAUGACUGCAAAGAUGACGAUGGGAAUGUUCCCAUGAUUUUGGCAGCUGUGGGAGAUAAUGUGGAGGCCAUUCAACAUCUCUUGGACAAAGGCGCACGCCUUGAUGAGGUCUUUAAGAAGGGGAACAGCCCACUACAUUGUGCAGCCAUGAUGAAUAGCACAAAAGCCAUUGAAUUAUUGAUUGAUAAAGGAGCUGACCUCCAGGCAAAAAAUCAGGAUGGGUUGUCCCCUCUUCAUCACGCAGCCUUUGAACAUCCUGAAGCCACAAAGAUACUGCUGGCUAAAGGAGCUGACAUCGAAGCCAAAAUGACCGAUGGAAUGACGCCCAUCUUCCCUGCAGCCUAUGGCAGUGUUGAGUGCCUGAAGCUGCUUAUUGAGGCUGGUGCUAAUGUCAACGUUCACUCAGAGGAUGGAACGACCCCCCUGCAUCGCGCCACCCAAUCUUCUAACGUCUGUGAGACUGUACAGUAUCUCAUUGAGAAGGGGGCUUCUAUUGAUGCUGUUGAUGAAAAUGGUAAAACAGCAUUGCAUCAUGCAGCCAAGGAUGAUGCAGCAGUGUGCAAAGUGCUUCUGGAUGCUGGGGCCAAGUACGACUGCAAAGAUAAUGAUGGGAAAGUUCCAAUUUUGUUUGCAGCCUUCGGGGACAAUGAUAAAGCGAUUCAACAUCUCUUGGACAAAGGCGCAAGCUUUGGGGACACAACUGAGACAGGGGACAGCCCACUGCAUAUGGCAGCCAUGAUGAACAGCACAAAAGCCAUCAAGAUUUUGAUUGAAAGGGGAGCUGACAUCCAUGCACGGAAUAUGUAUGGCUGGACGCCUCUGCACUCAGCAGCCAAUGUAAAACGACCUGCUGCCAUAAAGUUGCUGAUCGCCAAAGGAGCAGAUGUGGACGCCAAAAUGAUUAAUGGAAUGACGCCAAUCUUCAGUGCAUCUAAAGCCAAUGCAGAGUGUCUGAAGCUGCUUAUUAAGGCUGGUGCCACUGUUCAAAUUCAGGCAGAUGAUGGAGCUACACCACUUUUCACAGCCGCCGAGAAAGGCAUCAACAGAACUAAUUCCAAGAUUCUUAUUGAGGCCGGCUGUGAACUGGACACUCAAGAUAAGGAUGGAGAGACGGCGUUGCACACGGCAGCCCAGCACAAUGCACGUGCAUGCAAAGUUCUGCUGGAUGCUGGAGCUAGAACGGACAUUGCUGCUAAGAACGGUAAAUUACCCCUACAUCAUGCUGCCCAAUCAUCUAAUGCCAAGUCGCUGCAGUAUCUCAUUAACAAAGGUGCUCCUGUUGAUGCUGUUGAUGACGAUGGUUGGACUGCUGUCCAUCAUGCCGUCAUGAAAGAUGCAGAGUGUGUCCGACGUCUACUCAGAGCUGGUGCAAAUGCAGAAAUUAAAAUGAAGGCUGGCCUUUCAGCGUAUGGUCUGUGCAUGCAAUACAGCCGUGACGUAGAAACGCUGGCCGCUUUGAUCGGUGGAGGGCGGCACAAUCCAAACGAAAACACCGAACAGCAGACAGAAUCAGAUGAAGAAGAAUCAGAUGAAGAAGAUGAAGAAGGUGAAGAAGAUGAAGAAGAUGGAGAAGAUGAAGAAGAAGAAGACGACCCAUUUGACCCAUUCAACUUAGGGGCUUUGCGCAGGAUAAAAAAGUUGCUAGGAAGAAAAUAAAAACAAAGAAGACGAAAAAGAAAAAAAAAAAUUGAGGGGUCUCGAUUCUGGUUAAUGUACAAAUACGUACAUGUACUUGCAACGCUUUCCUUAUGCACAUAAGGCACAGAACGAUACAAGAACUCCAUGCAAGAAUUAUAGAGGGUGCUGUUGCAGCCCGUCACAAGACCAAGCUUCAUGAAGGCCAGUGCUUGCAAAGAAAACAAUAAUGAAUCCUUUACUAUUAGGUUAUUAGGAGACUAAUAUGUUGACCACAAUCGGAAGCUAAUACUGGUAAGAUGGCACCACAGGGCACCUGUAUGCUAGUGUAAUUCCCACAGUCAUGGACAAAAUACUGGAAUAUCCCGUGCUUUAAAGCUAUCAUAGACAAGCAUGGAAUUUUGUUAUAUUACAAGGAGUUGUGGAAGUUGUGGAUGAUAUUCCAAGAAAAAAGGUCCUGGAAAAGUCUUGGAAUCCUGCAUUUAACCAAUACGUGAUUAUGCUUCAUACAUGUAUUUGCUGUCACUUUUUGCCUACAUGAAGUUUCUGUAGUUAAUUUUGUUCAAAGCUUAGACAUCACGAUAUUUACACCUCAAAAAGAUUUUGCAGAGAAUUAAAAAUACUAUUACAGCUACAGGUAUUUCAUUUAUAAUGUACAAAAGAGUGUGAUACUUUGUGAAUGAAUUUUCUAUAAACACAGCCAAUUACUUACGUAGUUUCGUUUA